UUCCGAUCACGAGGCCCGUCCCUGUGUUCGGCGCAAACAAGCACCCGAAACCCUUUCUCCGAUCUCUCGAUCGAUAGAAGCCUGCCCAUCUCGAGCCCCUCCAUUCUCUCGCGAACGCCGAUUGCUUCCUUAUUCUCCCUUGCGAUCCGGCGCUUGCUUUCGCCUGGGAUUCGUGCGCGCCGCUAAACCAGUCGCAUCAGGCGACCUGCGGUGCGACCUCCGCUGACACCGCCGGCAGUCGUAUUCAUCUUCCUCCUCUCCCUUUCGAUUGAUGUACUUUGUAUAGUUUUUGUAAAAGAAAUGAGUAGGAUUAAACGGUUUCAAACUAUUGUCAGUUCACUUAAACAUGGUGGAUAUGAUCAGACUGUGCCUUUGUUCAAUGCCAACAAGAUUUCAAUUUUCUCUUGUCGAGGUCUGGUUCGUUCUCUUACAACAUCAGAGCGUGCAGAUGGCAAGACAUUAGCAGGAGCAGCGGCAGUUGCUUCAGUGGAAAAAAAUGGCAAAUGGGAUUCAGUUCAAACUGCUUUUCAAAAGCGUGUCAGAGGAGGGCCCGUCUCAUGGCUGGGCCUUGGUUUGCUUUUGCUAACUGGCGGAGGGCUGAUAGUUUACUAUGACAAAGAGAAGAAGCAGCACAUUGAAGGACUUAGGUCUGCUUCAACAACUGUCAAACAGGGACCAUCCAUAGGAACUGCUGCUAUUGGUGGUCCAUUCAAGCUUGUGAAUCAUCAUGGCAAAACAGUUACUGAGAAGGAUUUUCUGGGGAAGUGGACACUAAUAUAUUUUGGAUUCACUUAUUGCCCAGAUAUUUGUCCUGAUGAGCUCCAAAAGAUGGCUUCUGCAAUUGAUAAAAUAAAAGCAAAGGCAGGGCUGGAAAUAGUACCUGUUUUCAUUUCAGUUGAUCCUGAAAGAGAUAAUGUUGAGCAAGUCUCUGAAUAUGUAAAAGAAUUUCACCCAAAUUUAGUAGGCCUGACUGGUACUUCAGAUGAUGUAAGACAAGUUGCUCGUGCUUAUCGUGUAUACUACAUGAAGACGGAGGAUGAAGGUUCUGACUACCUUGUCGAUCACUCCAUUGUUAUGUAUUUGAUGAACCCAAAGAUGGAGUUUGUGAAAUUUUUCGGCAAGAAUUAUAACGAAGAUACCCUUUCAGAAGGCGUAAUCAACGCUAUCAAAGAACACAAGCAGUCGGAAAUCUGACCACCUUUUCUCUACAUGUCUUCUCGAACAAAUGACAGUUUUGCAACUACAAAUUUAAUUUAAUUUAAUUUACUUUAAUUUAUCUGCAUAACACCAAGCUGAUGCUCGGAGAAGGAACCUGGCCUGCCUCUGUGGACAAGUUCUUGCAGUUUUGAUGUAAUAUUUAUUAUUUUGUCCCCCAAAAAUCAAUUUCGUCAUACAUGAUCUUGGAAAACAUGGAAUGAUUGAUUAUAAUUUUUUUUGUUUAAAUAAUUCAGAUAUUUAGUUAUUCGAA